GCCGGUUAAGGCCCCUUUUUUUCAUUAUAUUAUUUAUCAGAUCCAUCUAGGCCCAUUCUCUUAACCACCGUCGUUAACCUUCGUCCGUCAGCCCACCGUCAUCCACCACCGUCAUCAUGUCUACUUACCUCCGACGCAAAGUUUCAAUCGAAGGAAAUGAUGAAGAUAAAUCAGACGUUGGGAGCGAUGAAACGACGCCGUAUGACGGAAAUGUUACAGAAGAUCAGGAUCCAUUCGCCGGCGGGAAAGUUCGUCGGAAAGCAUCAAUGGGGAGAAGCUUUAAAGGUGAUUAUAUUGAUGUUAGGUCCAAGCCAUAUCUCAUGAAAAUCUUGGAAAAACAAGGUGACAGAGGAGUCAUCUUUGCUGAUAAAGUUCUGAAGUUUACAGGUUCAGGAAAGAUGAAACGGAGAAUUCUGCUAAUUACUAAUAUUGCCAUCUAUAUUAUUGAUCCUGAAGCUUGUGCACUUAAAAGGCGGAUUAAGCUUGCUGCAGUUGAGAAGCUUUGUUUGAGUGAAUUAAGCGAUAAUUUCUUAGCAGUUAUCGUCUCAACCGAGUAUGACCUUCUCAUGGCUACUACUAGGAAGACUGAGAUUGUAAGUAUGCUAGUGGAAUCUAUGAAGAGCACAUCAAACUAUGAGUUGGAAGUUCACUUGUCUAACAGUUUCGAGUAUCAUGCUACUUCUGACCGAGUAAAAGAAAUUAAGUUUGAGGAGGUUAAAGGUGGAAUUAAAACGAGAAUUGUGAACAAGUAAAGAACUGCUCAUCCUGUUAUUACUUUUUAUUGUCCGUAAGCAAUUCAUACUUGAUGUUGGGUGUAAAGGCACUUCAAUUCUUUUACUGUUGAUCUUAGUAACUAGUAAGCAAGACAUUCUUGAAACUCUAUUUACGUUUGUUGUUAUGUGCUAGUGGUUUCCUGUGCAACGUUUAAUAUUUAGAAGCAAUUGAACAUAAUUUCGUGUUAUUAUGGAGCCUAAAUUCAUCUAUCUA